CCGCGCGGGGCACGCCGGGAAGAUGGAGAACUUCUCGGCGCUGUUCGGCGGGGCCGAGCCGCCGCCCGCCGCUGCCGCCGCUGCCCUGGGCUUCGGGCCCGCCAAGACGCCGGGCGCCGGGGCCGCGCCGCCCCCCGCCGCCGCCGCGCCGCCGCCAGGCGAGGACGCGGCCCGCAAGGCCGCCGGCGGCCCCUUCUACCUGCUCCGGGAGCUGCCAGGCACCACGGAGCUGACGGGGAGCACCAACCUGAUCACGCACUACAACCUGGAGCACGCCUACAACAAGUUUUGUGGCAAGAAGGUGAAGGAGAAGCUCAGCAACUUCCUCCCCGACCUGCCCGGCAUGAUCGACCUGCCCGGCUCCCACGACAACAGCAGCCUACGCUCCCUCAUCGAGAAGCCCCCCAUCUGCGGGAGCUCCUUCACCCCCCUCACCGGCACCAUGUUGACAGGCUUCCGCCUCCACGCUGGCCCACUGCCCGAGCAGUGCCGGCUGAUGCACAUCCAGCCGCCCAAGAAGAAGAACAAGCACAAGCACAAGCAGAGCCGCACCCAGGAUCCCGUCCCCCCAGAAACCCCCUCGGACUCUGACCACAAGAAGAAAAAGAAGAAAAAAGAAGAGGAUCCGGAACGGAAGAGGAAGAAGAAAGAGAAGAAGAAAAAGAAGAACCGACACAGCCCGGAGCACCCGGGGGUGGGCAGCUCCCAGGCCAGCAGCAGCAGCAGUUUGCGGUGAGGCUGCGCUGGCGCUGCCCCGGGGAUCCCCCAGCCGACAGGAACGGCCCCAACUGACCCAGGAGGGACUCGUCUCUCCUGCAGCGCUCGGCCGGGGGGCUCGGGCUGGCCUGCGUCCCCCCCCAAGCAGAGAGGACACCCCCGCAACCCCCCGCUUGCGUCGUGCAGCCAACCGGGACCAGGGGACACAGACCCUGCUGGCACUGGGGUUGCUGACCUCAGCCUUUUAUACCAAAACAACCUGGUGCAUGGGGGGGAACCUCUCUUUUUUAGUCACCUUUUAAUUAAAGUCUCUGCUCUGAGGAAGGGUUAGUGCUGCGACCCUCAGCUGUCGCAGUGAGGUGAGGAGCUGAGCCCGAGCAGGUCCACAGGGCGUGUGGGAUUGGCGCUGCCCCAACACGCCGUGGCCUGGGACGGAGGACGGCGGCCAAGCUCCAGCUCUCAGCCCAUCUCCUCCCCUCCCCUGCCCGAGCAGGGCUGAGGGGCUCCUGGGCUGGGUCGAGGGGCUCUGUGCUCCUCCAGCCCUCCCCUCCCAACCCUGGCAGGGACAGGAGCAGCCCUGGAGGGGCACCAUGUCCCUGCAUGGAGGUGGCUGGUGCAGAGAAUCUGGGGCUGCCGCUGUGGGCACCGGGAGCUCCAGCAGCAGCCACAGCGCGACGCCGCUGUCAUCCUUCGGUCCCAGCGUCUUGCGCAGGAUCCUGAGCCUCACCAGCUCCUGUGACACCUUCCCCAGAGCUGCCUUCCUCGUGCCCUGAAAAAAACUUACCUUCUGGGGGAGCAGAGUUCACCCAAAAGCACCCUCGGGAGGUGCCUCCCCAAAACGGGACCCCAGGCUCAGCUUUCCUCAGGCCCCCUUUCCUCUCCCCCUUGAGAGGAGGAGGGGGAAGGCAGAGACCCUGAAAAAUGGGAACCCUUCAGGAGCUCCUCUGUCCCUGGACGCUAAACAAAGCACACACAUGCCCGCCGGGGUGGCUCAUUAAAUAUCCUUUUAUUCCUCAUUUUUAAAAUGGCUAAUAAUAAUUAAUAAAAAAACAAUGGUGUGGCUCUGCAGAGGCCACGGGAGAGAUAUUGCCGUAGAGAAAGAAUCAAGUAGUGCCUGAAGUUUUGUGGGCCCCUGCGUGGGGUGGUUUGCCCAGGCAGGGGCGGGGGGAUGGGGAGCACUGGGCUCCUUGGCUGCAUUUUUUUUUUUUUUUUUUUGGCAUGUGAGGAGAAAAUAUUGCUUUACGGGGAUGUACCCCGCUGGCCUUCCUCUUCCCCGAACGGAAAUAAAAUCAACCACGUGACAACGUGAAAA